AUGCCGCGUUUGAUAAAAUCACUUUGUCUCGCGAGUCUGUUUCUGGCCAAUGCUGGCGCCUCAGGUGCCCAGGGUGCUGUCCAUGCCCCUGGACAUACCCAAGAGCCUAAGCGGCCUAACUUUGUCUUUAUCAUGACAGAUGAUCAAGAUUUGCAUCUUAACUCGCUCGAUUAUAUGCCCAAGUUGAAGCGAGUAAUUGCAGAUGAGGGGACUGUCUUUCGACGACAUUUCUGUACCAUUGCUGUUUGCUGCCCGUCGCGAGUCAGUUUGAUGACUGGCAAGCUGGCACAUAACACCAAUGUCACUGAUGUAGUUCCUCCAUAUGGUGGAUAUCCCAAAUUCGUGGCAGAAGGCCAUAACGAUAACUACUUGCCCGUCUGGCUACAAAAUGCUGGCUACAACACAUACUGUACUGGCAAAUUCCUAAACUCACAUUCCACUUCCAACUACAAUAAUCCUUACCCUAAAGGAUGGAACGGGACAGAUUUUCUCCUGGACCCCUCCACUUACAGCUACUGGAACUCCACUUUCCAGAGCAAUCGUGCUGCCCCUGUCGUGUCGGGUGGCUACUCGACCGAUUUGAUCUCUAAUUAUGCGCGCGGAUUCAUCCAGGAAGCACAUGGCUCCGACCGCCCGUUCUUCAUUGGGAUUGCUCCCAUCGCACCACACGCGAAGACGGCUGCGGUGGAGGGCUCGUCAAUCCCAGCAUUCACCAAUCCAGCUCCUGCGGAGCGACACGCGAAUAAGUUUCCCGAUGCAAAGGUUCCCCGUGGAGAGAACUUCAAUCCCGACAAGCCGAGUGGUGCUAGCUGGGUCUUGAAUCUGCCGCGGCUGAACUCCACCGAGGUCACCUAUAUGGAUGAGUAUUAUCGCAGGCGACUUCAAUCUCUCGUAGUGGGCAAACUUGAAGAUUACGGGCUGCUGGACAAUACUUAUAUCUUCUACACGUCUGACAACGGAUACCAUGUUGGACAGCAUCGCAUGGUCCCCGGCAAGGGAUGUCCUUAUGAAGAAGAUAUAAAUGUCCCAAUGAUGGUCCGUGGUCCUCGAGUACCCAAGGGCCGGACGAUGGACGUCGUCACCUCGCAUACCGACAUCGCUGCUACUCUAUUCGAUCUGGCUGGUGUCCCCUUAAGAGAGGAUUUUGAUGGACUACCGAUGCCCUUGACCAGUUCAGAGAUGCAGGAUGCUAAACACGAUCCACGCCGCGAGCAUGUCUCCGUUGAAUACUGGGGUACGAACAUCCAGGAGGGUGACAUCGGGCGAACUUCAGCCACUGGUGCAGCUGUGAUCUAUGGCAACAACACCUACAAGGCUAUGAGGGUCAUUGGCGACUCAUCUAACCUGUUCUACUCAGUCUGGUGUACCAACGAGCACGAACUAUAUGAUUUGAAGAAUGAUCCUUACCAAAUGCGGAACCUUUUCAAAAGUUCCGAGAGCAAGCUACUUGGUCGGGAUAUCAAACAAGUGAUCUCUCGACUGGACGCUCUCUUGCUUGUGCUCAAGAGCUGCAAGAGCUCAGAAUGUACCCUUCCAUGGGAGGUGCUUCAUCCGGAUAAGAGAGUCACUAGCCUUUCUGAAGCACUGAAUCCCAAGUACGACGCUUUCUAUGCAGCUCAGCCAGAUAUAAGCUUCUCAGCGUGUGAGUUGGGAUACUUUCCGGAGUCGGAAGGACCGCAGGAGGGCUAUGCAUACCGACGCAAUGGAGACUGGAGUAACUGGGCAUAG